AUGAAGUCUCCGAUAGCUCCCAUCCUUCUCGAGCCCCAUCUCGGCGAACUUCCAGGAAGUUCGCGAAGGAUUUCUCGCAACGAUGCAGCUACCGGAGCAUCUGCUGCAGGCGUUCGUGCUCUCAGUGCACAGAUGGUGGCUUUCUAUUUCAGGGCGCCGAUCAAAGCUUUUUUUCGUAUGCGUGUCGAGUAUGUAGCAUUUGCAAGAGCUGUGAACCCCCGUGUCGCCGAAGGCAAAUGGUCUCUGCAUACGACAACUCCGGGAUUAUUGCUCCAUGCCGUUCGGACAUAUGGCUGGCGGUUUAUCCCGAAUCAAGUGCUCCCACCCUUGAUGGCAAAUGCAGGGGUUGGUGCUGUUCUCUACACGUCCUAUCUCCAAGUUUUGGGAGCUCUACAUGAACCUGUAUCCCAAGGGGUCAAGCGAGUCUGGCCUCCGGCUCCUCCUUCUGCAACAUUCGCAGCUGGAUUCACCGCCGGCACAAUUCAAUCGAUUGUAGCUGCCCCUCUGGACGCGUUACAGGUUCGCUUUCAGACCAGUGACAUGUUGGAGGGCCAGUACCGGAGUAUGUGGCAUUAUGGCCACCAUAAGCUCAAACAGAUUGGUCUCCGCGGGGUCUUUGCGGGCUGGAGCCUGUCAUUCAUGCGGGAUUCUCUCGGCUAUGCUGUGUUUUUCUCCUCGUUUGAAUACAUUAAGUCACAGUCCUACUAUUCCUUCGUCACUUGGUACUACGGCUCCCUGCAAGCUGAUCAUGUGGGCAUGCUUUCAUCAUCUGAGUCUAGUGAUCGUGGGGUACCUCUCAUCAAGCCCCACUAUGCACUAGAACCAUGUUUCCUGAUGAUAGCUGGCGUUGUGGCAUCGAUAACCCAGCAAACCAUUCAGCACCCUCUAAGUAGGAUCCAAGAUCUUCACCUGGGUCGACUGGAAUACCUAGAUCACCAGGCCAGUUUCAUACCCUCGCGACAGAAGAUGAUACGACUAUACUACCACGCCUAUCAAGAGACCUUUAAGAGGUGCAAGCGGAAGGCUGCGCGGGCCGGGGGAUGGCAGUCCUGGUUGUUCCGUGGGUUUAUCGGGAGCUCUCUUCGCCAAGUGCCUAGCACCAGUGCGGGCCUGAUCAUUUUUGAAUUGGUGCGCCGACGAUUCUCGGGAAACGAUCAAAAUCAUCUGAAUCCGUUCUAUUCUAUAUUUGACUUUCUUUGGUUGUGUAUUACUCUCUUGCUUUGCUCGGGACCCUUACUUUCUUGCCCAAACGCACCCCCUCUCUCCAAAUCUCCGCCUGACCCUCACCCCAUUUUGACGGUCCUUCGUCAUCCUGCGUCGCGUUUAUUGGAGUCCGAGAAGGGUAGUCGACGACGGUCUUCCCACUCGUCUGCUCGCUCGGCCGAGUCUGACUUCUCAAUCUGGUCAGACACCGGUGACCUCGCCGAGCAGUUCGCUGAGACUGAAGAUCCGCUGCAGAUUCACCUUCGCAAUUCCUCAGACCGACAGCUCUUGCGUCGAAAAGACCGGAGGAAGCAACCCAAUCACGUACAUUAUCCUUCAAACGUGAGUAACGAGCGUACUGGAGUCGAUAUUGAAAAGAUCAGAAUACCAAACCCUCCCCCGCGACAUAUUUCGAGAGUUGAACGAGUUCUGGCCGCCAUAAUGACCCCCAGAAAUGCACCAAACGCCCAGAUGCACGGUUUAGUCGGAAAGCCAUUACUUUACUUCACAAGUGUGUUUGUAUCACUAGGUGUCUUUCUUUUUGGCUAUGACCAGGGUGUAAUGUCUGGCAUCAUAACCAGUGGCUCGUAUUUCAAAGAUUACUUCAAUCAACCUUCUCGGGCUACAAUUGGUACCGUGGUUGCAGUUCUCGAAAUUGGAGCAUUCGUAUCAUCUCUCCUUGUGGGGCGUGUCGGUGAUAUGAUCGGCCGUCGAAGGACUAUCCUCUAUGGCUCCAUCGUGUUCUUCAUUGGCGGUGCUUUUCAAGCAUUUGCCACGGGUAUCCCCAUGAUGACGGUCGGUCGUGUCAUUGCUGGGCUAGGUGUCGGCGCCCUCUCUACCAUUGUGCCAGUUUACCAGUCUGAAAUCUCGCCUCCUCAUAACCGUGGGAAGCUCGCAUGCAUUGAAUUCACCGGUAAUAUUGCAGGGUAUGCGACCAGUGUGUGGGUAGAUUAUUUUUGUAGCUUUAUCGAUAGCGACUACUCCUGGCGCCUCCCACUCCUUUUUCAGUGUGUCAUGGGUGCCUUGCUUGGGUUUGGCAGUUUGAUGAUCUGUGAAUCACCUAGGUGGCUUCUUGAUAAUGAUCAUGACGAGGAGGGGAUGGUGGUGAUUGCAAAUCUUUAUGGCGAAGGCGAUCUUCUUAACGACAAGGCCCGCCAAGAAUAUCGUGAGAUCAAAAUGAACGUUCUCGUCCAGCGACAGGAGGGCGAGCGAUCCUACUCGGACAUGUUCCGCCGGUAUCGCAAACGUGUUUUGAUUGCGAUGUCGGCUCAAGCCCUAGCUCAACUCAACGGGAUUAACGUCAUCUCAUAUUAUGCGCCUCUCGUGUUUGAAUCGGCCGGCUGGACUGGACGGGAUGCCAUCCUGAUGACUGGAAUCAAUGGUAUUUCAUACUUGCUGUCUACCAUACCGCCGUGGUAUCUUGUGGAUGGCUGGGGCCGACGACCAAUCUUGCUUUCGGGUGCUGUUGCCAUGCUCAUUUCUCUCUCUCUUAUCUCCUACUUUAUUUACAUUGAAAUUCCCGCCACUCGAACCCUAACGGUAAUCUUUGUUAUGCUCUAUAACGCAGCUUUUGGGGCAUCUUGGGGCCCCAUUCCAUGGUUAUACCCCCCGGAAAUCUUGCCUUUGAGUAUCCGUGCCAAAGGUGCAAGCCUGAGCACUGCUUCAAAUUGGGCAUUCAAUUGGCUCGUGGGCGAGGUGACCCCUGUUCUUCAGGAAGUUAUCAAGUGGCGCCUAUACCUGGUCCAUGCUUUCUUUUGUGCAUGUAGUUUUGUGCUUGUUUAUUUUUUGUAUCCCGAAACCAGUGGGGUUCGUCUCGAAGAUAUGAACAUUCUUUUUGGCGAUGCUUCCACGGCCAUGCCGACACCUGCCACUCAAGGCGAACGGGGGUCGCUGAUGGGUGCUGGUUCACCUGUCCCAUCGCUUGAUCUGCGUCGGCAGUACGGUCAAUUUGGGGCAGAUAAUUCUAUCCCUGGCCUAGAUAUUGAUCCGCCGACUUCAAGCCAUGAAGGGACCAGCAAACGUGGACGCUCAGAUUCUCACCAAGGCAGCGUUCGUGGCGAAGGAAUUGGUGGCUGGAUCUCAAGCAUGGUCAGUCGAAACCGAGGAACAGGCCCCGACGCUACCAGCAGUCAAUAUAGACGUUUGGAGCAAGGAGAAGGGGACGAGCAAUGA